AUACUCGUUCGUUUGAAACCCCAAGAUUACAACCCUAUCAACGCGUAAAGAAACAACGGAUUCUUACCGGCGAUUACACUUCUAUAAAUCCCAACAUAAACCUUAAGAAAACCAAAAAACAAACGAAAAAUGAAAUCCCUACCAAUGCCUAGGUACUCCCGCAAGGAAAACCCAGAAUGUUGGCUGGAAACGUUCCAAGCAACUGCCAAGGUCCAGGGCUGGACCUCUGAUGAGGAUAAGCUUAUGGUUAUCCCGAUGUUCUUCAAGUCUGAAGUACGAAACUGGUUCUACGAUGGUGGAUACACUGAAUUCAAGGAUUUUUCCGAGGCAUUCGUGGAGCGAUUCGGACUGAAAAUGAAGAAAUACGUCCCGUUAAAGAAACUGCUGAAUAUCAAGAAGAGAAACAAGGAAUCAGUGCAAGCAUAUGCGGAUCGGUUCCGACAUUGGAAGGUCAGGCACGACAUGCAAGUAAACAAGGACCCAUCUGGGGCGUGCCUGUCGGAACGUGAUAUGUUACAGCGGUUUGUGAACGGACUGAAUCCGAAGCCACUUCGUCAGGCAGUUCGGGCAAAAAAUCCUAAGAAUCUAAACACGGCGAUUCGUAUGGCGAUUGAAUGGAAAGAGGAUGAGGAUGACUCAUUCAGCGACUCAGAUGAAGGCCCGGCGUAUGGAGACCAAGACAGUGAAAACUCUGGUAGUGAUGUUGAAGAAAAGCCUGCCAAGGCUCACAAGAACCGGAAGAAAGCCACCCAACUUAGGGACGAAGCAGUUGAGUCCCUUACGAAGAAAAUUGAGGAAAUGAAGAUCAUCUUGAUGAAGCAAGUUCCGAGCAACAGAGAGUGUUUCAAUUGUCAAGCUCCUGGCCACGAAGCAGCGCAAUGUCAAAAACCCUGCAAGUUGUGUAACGGGCAAGAAGGAGCUAAGGAUCAUGCAUUCUUUGAAUGCCCAAGAUAUUAACCCAGAGUGAACCCGAGGAAGAAAUUCCUGGUUGAUGGAAGCAUCAACCUAAGGAAGAGAUGGACCAUGAAAUGGCAAUCAAACGUGGACACGAGAUAGCUACAUCCGAUCCAG